AGCAGUAUCGUGGUGAAUCGUUUACCGUUUCUGUCGCUCCCUUUCCAUCCCUCCCCUUGUCCCGGACAGGUCAGUUACAUGGAGAUUUACUGCGAGCGUGUUCGUGACUUGCUGAACCCUAAAAGCCGGGGUAGCCUGCGGGUUCGUGAACAUCCAAUCCUGGGGCCUUACGUGGAGAAUCUUUCUAAACUGGCCGUCACCAACUUCCGGGACAUUGCUGAGCUCAUGGACUGUGGAAACCAGGCCAGGACUGUGGCCUGCACCAACAUGAACGAGAGCAGCAGCCGAUCCCAUGCUGUCUUCACCAUCGUCUUCACCCAGAGACGGCACGAUGCAGUCACCAACCUCUCUACCGAGAAG